UGAUGAUGAUGAUGAUGAUGAUGACGACAAUGAUGAUGAUUAUGAUGAUAAUGAUAGUAAUAAAAAUAAUAUUCGUGUAUUAUUAUAAUUAUAAUUUUCAAUUUUUACCGUUUACUUUACGGUAAGCGCAGCACACUGCAGUGUCUGACUGACCGUACGCGUUCACGGGUACCGGACACCAGUUACCUAAAGUAAUAAAACUGCUCAUUUAUUUUACAAAUUUUUCCAUCUUUUACCCGUGAAAGCCUUUCUACUAUCCGUCAAGAGUGACGGUUGGGCUUUUUCAUUAGUAAUCACUGAGAGUUCGAAGGGUACGCAUCGCGGAGUUAAACAGUGAAUUUAAUAAGUGAACGUAGAGAAAUGGAAACCAAAAGUGCAAAGAAGAAGAGAAAAUAUUUCUUUUGGACUAUGACAAAAGUCAAAUUAUUCAUUCGAAAGUUCCCAGUAACGGGCAAGUUUUACGUGUUUUAUUUGAUUAUUUGCCCAAAGUACAACUGGAACUUGGACCAAUAUGUGCCGCUGUAGUUAUAAAAGAAGUCAAAGUUUUCUAGAACGAAGCCGGUAUACCAAACAAAGAUACGCAUCAUGAUUCGACAAAAAUGUUAACGUUGCAUCAACAAUGGCGAAUGUUACAACGACCAUGAAAACUUCAAAGUGAGCUGCAAGAAGAGAAGAAACGAAUACAAGAGACACCAGAUUCGACUGGAGCACGCAGAGAUGCGAGCAAAAAGAUAUCGCGAAAUUUUAGACACAGAAGGUAUAAUAUUAUAUAUCUCCAAUUAAUUUUAUAACUAUUUACAUUCUUUCAUCACGCCAGAAGCUGCGGCAAUGUAAUUUCUUGAGAAAACAGUUAGUUUCAAUAGAAAAAGGUGUCUGGUAGAAGCCUUACGCAAUAUACAUAUUGAAAAUCCAGCGAAAGAAUGAUAUUUUCACCUAAAAAUAUUGACGAUUACGUGAUUCUGGAUGUCGGUACGGAACAUUUUAUUUGUAUUCAAAGUAAAAAGUCAUUUAGUGGAUUUGGCAUAUCGACAACGUUUCUUAGAUCAGAAUUAUAAUACUUUCAUAGAAAGAUUAUAAUAGUACUUUACUGUCUCGCGAUGAACAGGGUAAACGAUAUAUUUUACAAGAUUAGAGAAAUAUCACAAACACUACUCUGAUGUCACUAAAUCUAGUCUGAAAUAUAAUUUUCAUUUAUAUAAUAAUCUUUUUCCGUAUUUAUUUUUCAUUACAUAUCCCAUAGUUGUGCAUGAUAUUUUAAUACUGCUAUUAUUGGUUUAAAAUGAUAUAAAUAAUGAAAAUUUAGUUAAUAGUUGCUACUUGUAAGAAAACAGGGACUAAUACAGUCUUUGCGAGUAAAAAAUGUCACGGCUGAAGACCCUCCCGUGUAAUGGUUGAAGCGUUACAUCUUAGAGUGAUUGUAUAUGCGUUUUCGGAAGUAAUAUGUAAAUGUUACUGGUAUACGUUUCAAAUACGAUACUUUUCUUUAAAAACAGUGAAUCCGAAAAGAACGUAAAAUCGGAAAAAUGUGAAGACUUUAACCCGUAUGUGGCAUAGUGUCCCGUUGCCCAAUUGGACUGAAAUUUGUUCACCAAGUAUCAACGGUUUAAAGAGUGCAACAAAGAAAAAGUGAAAAGAAAAGAUUGACUCCUAUAACUAAGGACCACCUUAAUCCGUGCUCCAAGAUAUUUCGUUUCCGUCUCGUCGAGAAUCAAAGUAAAAGAACUUUUCUCUGACUUAUCAUCGUGGCGGUACGCUAGUCGGAUAAAGUACAGCGGCAUAUAUGGAAAUUCGGAUUACCGUUUUCGAGAGGAUGUUCGUUAAACGAACGAAGAGUCAAUUUCGGUUAUGGUCGGGAGAAUAUAUUAAUCUGUAACGGAAUUCAUUCUGGUUACAUACGUGUAUCACGUAUAUUCGCAACAACUUUGGAAAGUAAAGAUGGAAUGUCGACAGCGUGCGCCGCUCGUUCGAAAUAUGAGAAACGUUCCGCCGUAAAAAGAAAUAAAUGUAGUGGCAGAGGUGUAAUUGUCUACGUGCUGGACCGUAUAUUUCACCGAGAACGACGUAAUUGAGGAACAUUUGACAGAAGCUCAAACUCUUUUAUACCAUGCAGUGCGUAGGAGGAUCGAUAUAUUGCUAAUUGAUGACCGACAAUUAACGGUGAAUAACUAUGCCGACGACUACCGUUUGUUUCCAACGAGACGAAACCGUUCGAGACCGAAUAGCCGAGCCACGUUAUAUCUAGUUUAUACGACGUACAUUAGACCUGAAUGGCAUCUCCUCUGCCAACUUGAAUGAGAGCAAUUUAACUUCUUUAGGUUGCUUAAUCGGUAGGAAGUCACAUCAACUAUACAGCUGUAUAACCUGUACAAGACACCAAUACGUGCAUCGUUUGCUCCGUUGCACCGUCACUAAGGUAUCAUAGAAGAAAAAUUACGAAGAUAAACGAACGAAUUAAAACAAUGCAAUGGAUUGGACAUUGUUCACCGUUGAUGUAUUCAAGCGACAAAAUGAUUCUCUUUAAUAAGUCACACAGUGACGAUUUUCCAUAAUUGUCAGGUAUAAAUUGUACACCUCCGGCGAUAGAGGAUUUCCCACACGACUUAUUCGACGAGAAGCAAAGGCAAGGCGGAGCUGUCGUCGUGCAUGUGAUCGUUUCACUUUAUCUAUUUAUCGCGUUAGCCGUAGUAUGCGACAAAUUCUUUGUGCCCGCUGUGGAAAAAAUUUGUCACGCUCUCUCGAUGUCCAAGGACGUGGCUGGUGCGACUUUUAUGGCUGCAGCAACGUCGGCACCAGAAUUGUUCGUAAACGCGAUCGGCACGUUUAUCACCGAAGGUGACAUCGGAGUCGGAACAAUAGUAGGCUCGGCUGUAUUCAAUAUUCUUGCUGUACCAGCUUGUUGUGGUAUAGGUGCCGGGAUGGUAGUCCCUUUGGAUUGGUGGCCGGUUAGCAGAGACUGCCUUGCCUAUGGCGUUACAGUUGCCAUUCUAAUAUGUAUUAUACACGACGAAAGGGUAGAAUGGUACGAGGCGUUAACUCUCGUACUACUGUACAUCGUCUACAUUGCCGUCAUGUACUGGGACAAAUCGUUUCAACGAUGUACACGAUUCCGCGCGAAUGAUGUUGAUCAAUCCUCAUUGGAUGACCAUCGACUCGCGGCAGAAGGCAGCAUUGAAAUUCACCUAGCGAGAUCGGAUAAAGUGCAACCGACGAGUGAUCAAGCUGAACGUACAGAUGUACCUCUACAAAACGGAGGAACGAAAACUCAAGAAGAAAAUUCGGAACCCAGUUACGAGUACGAGUUACUGGUCUGGCCGGCACGAGCGGGAUGGAUAAGGAAAACGGCUUGGAUCAUGACAUGGCCGAUACAUCUGAUAUUCAUGUGUACGAUACCAGAUUGCGAAAAGCAACGAUUCAAAAAUUGGUUUCCGGUUACGUUUCUCAUGUGUAUCAUUUGGAUUGGAUCUUUAAGUUACGUUGUCGCCUGGAUGAUUACGAUAAUCGGCGACACCCUAAAGAUACCGGACUCUGUGAUGGGCAUCACUUUUCUGGCAGCUGGUACUAGCGUUCCGGAAGCAGUGUCGAGCGUAAUAGUAGCGAAACAAGGGCAUGGGUCGAUGGGCAUUAGCAACUCUAUAGGCUCAAACACGUUCGACAUAUUGUUAUGUCUGGGACUGCCGUGGCUAAUCAAAUCUUCAUUCUCACCGACGCAGCCUGGAAAACAUUAUAUCAGUAUAAACUCCGGUGGACUGGAGUACAGCGCCAUAUCGUUGCUGUCGACGCUGAUGUUACUCUAUAUUGCUUUUGCCUCGAAUAAGUUUCAGCUCGAUAGAAAAGUAGGCCGUGCCUGUUUGUGUAUGUAUGCCGUGUUCCUCAUAUUAGCUUCGUUGAUAGAGCUCAAUGUAUUCUUCAGGGUAAAUUUGCCCACCUGUCAAAGGACGGUUAAGUGAUACGGAGUCAAGAGUAGAAACUUUUAACGAUAUUCGAUACGGUUUUAGUUGAUUAUCGUAUGUUCUCUAA